GGGAUAAUGGCUGUUUUAAGCAAAUUAAGGGAAUUAUCACUGCCGUACAAUUGCUACGAAGUAGGACAUACAUGGACUCCUGAAUGUUACGAAGCAGCACUAUCUGUUGGCUUUUGUUGUUUAAUUGAGGGUAUGAAGCUUUAUGCCCCUUUGUACGUGAUAUCCCAAAUUCUACAGAGGAAGUUCACACUGAAAGCAUUUUUAAACACAAUUGAAAGCAUAUAUACAUCAUCCUGCUUUUUGGGAUUUAAUGCCUUCGCCUUUAUAUUCAUUUUCUGUUUGUUAAGGCGAUCCAUGGGGAAGUUCUAUUACUUGCACUGUUCUUACUUCCCUGCAUUUGCCGCAAGUUUUCUUGCCAUUUUAAUUGAAAGAAAAAGCAGGAGAGGACCCUUGGCUCUCUAUGUCACUAAUGUAGCUUCUGAAACAUUAUUCCGAAUGGCAACUGCUAGGGGAAUUGUGAAGCCUCUUCCAGAUGGAGAAGUGUAUCUUUUUAGUGCAACAAUGGCUUUCUUCUUGUAUAUCAUAAGGAAGCAUGGAUUUACUAAAGACUUUGUGAGUGUUGGAUUCAAGUAUGUGUUUGGAAAAGAAGAAGCAAAGCGUAAACCCUCAUCCAAGUCUCUACAACAUGGAACAGUACCACCUGCUCUUUCAUGUCACUCUAGAGCCCCAGAAGCUAUUGUUGACAAUCAGUGUAGUUUAUCAAGUAAAAGGGAACCCCAGUCUUAUAAUGUCAAGCUUCUGAACAAAAAGCAUUUAUCUUGUCCUCAUAAAUCUGGCUGUUUGCAAUAUAUUUUUGAGGGAUUUUUUCGACCCUUCCUCAUAGGAUAUCUUGCUUUCUCAGGAAUACGUUCCCUGUCUUUAGGGAAGAAAAUAUUGUCUAAUCCAUCUGCUUUGUUUCGUUUAUUAACUCAAAAGCGAACUUUGAAUCUUGGGCUAUUUUUAGGUGGCUUUGGUGGGACAUUUAGGGUUAUCAGCUGCUUUUUGCGAUGGCUCCUCGGCAAAGACCGUGAAGUAUAUGCUUUGCCUGCAGCAUUUUUAGGUGGAUUAUUUAUGAAAUUCUUUCCAAGUUCUACAUUGUCAUUAUACCUAGCAUGGAAACUUGUUGAGAAUGGCUACCUCUUAGGCAUAGAAGAAGGUAUUCUUCCAAGCAUUAGAGGGUCCAUGUUAAUGCUGUAUGCUACUUCUACAGCAGUACUUUUCUAUGCUGCUGUCCUAGAACCUCAUAACCUUAAGCCAGCAUAUUUAAAGUUUCUCACCAGACUUACACAAAAUAAAAUUGGAGAAAUCAAUCGACAUGUCUUAGACAUAUUCGGAACUCAUGCCUCAAGACUAUAUUCCAAUUUCUGGCCUGAGCUUGAACUGAAGUACACAAGUAGAGUCUUUCAAGAAAGUGUUUUGUUGUGGUUGAUACACUGA